AUGCGUUGGACAACAAUAACAUCUAGGUCGCUGGCCUGCUUCUGGCUGGCUGCUAGCCAGGUUAUGGCAGCGUGCCCAUACGCAGACCAGUUGGUAGCGCGGUCCGAGACGCUCGACGAGUUAUCUAAGUCGCUGCCUCACGUACCCGGUACCAGCUUAAGGGGGAGGAAAGCCGGGGGCAAGAAAGGGGUCUUUUUCAUGAACCGCAUUGGUCCCUCUGCGUCGACACUCUAUGUGGCCAACGCCGACGGCAGCAACGAGCGAGCACUAAUUCCAUCGAAUCAAUCUAUCUUCGAGUACCAUGCACACUUCUCCCCCGGCGGCAAAUCCAUAACCUUUACUUCGGAGCAAGAAGAUGGAAACGCGGAUCUUUAUCGUAUAGUGAGUCCCCCCCCUCCCCUCAUUUUCAACGUCAUCUCCUACGGACGAGUAUACCUCAGUGUUGUUCGACAAUCCUUGAGUGUCUUUGCCGAAGCCUCGAAAAACAUGCUGAUUCUCAUCACCGAGCAGAAUGUCGAUGGAACUGGGAUGACCUCGUUGGUCAACACUCCAUCGCUUAAGAUUGAUGGUGUGAUAUCCCCUGACGGCACGCAGCUCGCGUAUGUAUCAACUGCAAACGGCUACGUCAGCAACAUUUGGGUCAUGGAUUUGGAAACUGGAGUGGCCAGAAACUUGACCAACACAGCUGAGACCGUGGGUUCGCCAACAGAGGAAAGUCCUGACGGCCACUAUCGUCCUGCAUGGAGCCCCAAUGGCGAGUGGAUCUUGUUUUCUUCAGAUCGAAACACCGACUGGACAGGCCACAACAACGGGACGGGCUGGGAGCACACGCAGGAGCUUUCUGUCUAUGCCAUCAGACCAAACGGCACAGACUUCAGGCAAGUCGCCAGCAACAGUGGCUGUUCACUCGGAUCUCCUGCUUGGUCACCGGACGGGGCGCGUGUUGCCUUUUAUGAGAUAGCACGCGAGGAUACCUACAAUUGCCACCGGCCUGAGGCCAUCAACAGCACUACGUCGCAAAUCGUAUCUGUCGACUUCGCCACAGGCGCAGACCGUGUCGAGCACACAUCAGGCGCUGGUAUCAAGUUCUCGCCGCAGUGGGUGACCAACUCGUCUCUGGGAUGUCUGGUCAAGGGCCUCGAUACCGAGGCUUCACGCAUCUUUCGUGAACCAGGGACUGGCCGGUUCAUUCCGGCCGACGAGGAGUGGAUCGCCUUCGGGCUGGGCUACUGGUUCUUCGAACGCGCCCUGUACACGGGCUACCUCUACAGGGUCACCUCCAACGGCAGCUACUACGAGCAGCUUACCGACGGGAGCCACAACACCGGGUACCCAAGCUACUCCCCCGACGGCACACAGGUUGUCUACCGCGCCUGGGACUGGGACAACGGCGCGUUAGGCCUGAAGAUCAUGAAUCUCACGGACAAAUCGGUGAGAAACCUGACUGACAGCUGGGACAACACUCCAGGCUGGUCGCCCGACGGGACCAAGAUCGUCCUCACCCGCCAGACCAACUGGACCGCUGAGUACGGCGGGCGGUGGUACUCGGACCGAUUCGAGAUCUGCACUGUCAACCCGGACGGCACAGAAAUCGAGAUCCUUACGAGCAGCGGCGCCAACGACGCCCAUGCGGUGUGGACUGCCGACAACAAAAUCAUGUGGAGCAGUGGCAUGUACGGCUUCCGGGACGAGUGUGCGACCUAUGGCGACACGUUCCAGCCGUACGGUCAGAUCAUGAUCAUGGAGAAAGAUGGCAGCGAUAAGCGCAUGUUGACUGAUUCGAUGUGGGAGGAUUCGAUGCCGCUGUUUGUUCCGAAUGAGUUCCUGGAAUGA